AUGAAGGUCACCAUCUCUCCAGCCGAGCCCGCCGAAAGCAGAGCAAUAAUCGAGCUCAAUGAGCAUGCGUUCCAGUCGACAUACGACGUGCUGUUUGAUGGGCGCCUCAAGCCAGAGACGCUCGACGCAUUAGCUGAGUCGCGUGUCAAGCAACUGUUAAAGGCCAGCGAGGAGGUCAAAGCCCAGACGGGGCCGCUCUCAAAACGGUUUUUUGCAUUCAAGGCCGUCGAUGAUGAGACGGGAGAAAUCGUCGGCGAGGCCCGCUGGAUGAUUUACUACGAGGAUGAGACGCUCACCAAGACGAUCGAGGAGGAGCAGACGGAGCGCGUCACGCCGCCGACGCCUCAGAUGAAUGUGGAAGCUAAUCGUGCGUUUCAAAAGGUUCUCUCAACAGUGAAGCGUUUGGUUUUGGAGGUGCCGGAUGCUCAGCAGCAGAAGGACUCUAAAGAGAGAGACCUGAAUGAGGUGAAGAAACUGCGUAAGAGAGUGUAUCUGCAUGUAUUGGCCGUGCAUCCCAACCACCAGAAGAAAGGAAUUGGACGAAAGUUGCUCCAGUGGGGGCUCGAUGAGGCCGACAGACUGGGCCUGAUUGCCUAUCUUGAAGCGUCAAACGAAGGUCGCCCGCUAUAUGAACAGUCAGGGUUUGAAGCCGUGAAAAAAGUGUCAAUGGACCUGACUCCGCUUGGAAGUACAGGCGAAAUUCCACUUACUGCUGCCAAACUGAGACGUGGUCAGGCUACUGGCGGGGGCUAA